GAAACGUUCGCCUCGGUUUCUUUUACAGCCGACCUGAACAUGAGGCCAUGAGCAAUGAUCUCCAACAACCAACAUAUAUCACAGUGCCGCGGGUCAGGAGUCUGGACCUGAUAGACUGGUUGCCUUAUGGCUCAAGAUGGCAGUGUAAUCAGGCUUCCUAAGCUCCGCACUGCCUCCCCCUACACGUCGUUUAAGGGCAAAGGGGAAAUCUCCGACCAUUCAGAGGGAGAUAAAUAGUGACUUGCCCAGAGAGCUGCUAAUAACUGAUUGAACUCCAAAUCCAUCCUCUCACAUUGCGCACGCAUAUUAUUUCACCACUUCUCCUUUCGUUUGCUCCCCUUCGCUACUCUUACUGCCUAUCCCAUCUUGUUCAUCUAUCACAUUUAAAAAAGCCUCUCAGAACACUGCAAAUACACGAAGCUACAAUGGCAGUUCGGUCUGAGCAAGUCGAUUGGGCCAGGCUCAAAGCCUACAUUGCAGCAAAGGAGGCCUACGAACAGCAGCACGGCUACCCAGCGCCCCUCUCCGAGUCGGAACAAGAAGCUAUCAAGAUUCUUAUCCCGCCGCCACGCCCUCGCAUAGAAGAUGCCGUGUCGGACAAGACCAAUUGGUUGGGUCUUCUCAAUCACUAUGCCCAGACCAAAUACGUAUCCACCGCGGGUCUUGAAUUCACUUACGGUUCUGUUCACCUGCCCAAGGCCAAAGGCUUCGACGUUGCCUGGAGUUGUCUUUGCACUGUUCCUGACAUCGAGGGCUCUUUUCCUUCUCCCGGGUAUGGCAUGGAGUCGGAUGAGACCGAAGCCCCUGUCUUCAUGAAAAAGCAGGAUGCUAAGCAACAUGCUGCAAAAUGGGCCUGCGACUACCUCAUCAAGAACAACUUGAUGCCCUCCAGCGGCUCGCUCAGCCCGCCAUCCCUUCUCAGUCCGGCAACGACCCCGUCCAAGAGGCCGGCGUCGCCCCCUAGUCUGCGGACCCCGUCACCAAACCCCUCGACUGCCCAGGCCAACGCUACCCAAUCACUCGCUUUGGGAAAGAAGAGGCAUGCGACCCCGGUCAACAUCGCCAGCAGCAGCAGCAGCAGCAGCAGCAGCAACGGCGGCGCAACCAGCACGGCCGGCGCCAGCCCGCCCAAUUGCCGAGAAGAAGACCAGUCGACGGCUGUGGCAGAAGUGGCGGCCCUAGCCAAGGCUCUUCGCCUCCCCGUUCCUCGGUAUCAAUUCGUCGGGGUCCUCGAGAAGGCCGACUUCUGGAGUGUCCGCGUUGACUUCCACGACAGCCCUAUGUUCCCCAUUGAUCUCGGCUCCGUGGACGAAGUGUAUACCAAGAAAGCGGCCAAGGAGAAGAGCGCUGAAUUGAUAAAAGACUGGAUGGAGAGCAUGCGUUUCCGGAAGGACCAGACUGUGCGCGAGAUGCUGCAGAGGGGGAAGACAAGACGUGAAGUGGAAGUGGGGGUGAACUAAACAGGGUUUCAUCUCUCUUUCCUUUUCCCAUUCUACUUUAUUUCAUAUUUUGGCAUCUCUCCGUCUUUUCUUCCACGUAGAGGGGUGCAAUUUGGAUUCUCCUCGAUGAAUCAUAUGUGCGUAUGACCGAGGCGAGAGAAGGGAUAGUAAGCGGGUGUCUAGAUUAGGAGAGCAAAAAAAGAAAAAAAAAAUUCAAUCAAGAUAACAUCAUGAACUCUUUUUUUUUUCUUUAAUUUUUUUUUCUUUAAUUUUUUUUUCUUUCUUUUUCUUUUCCGGAGAUAUGAUGUGACUCUCUCUCCCAGAUAAUAAAUUUUUG